AUGGCAUCAAAUUUAAAUGACGGGGCCGAUGUUGGCUUCGACUUCGACUUUGAAUUGGACUUCAAUAAUGUUUCAGACCUUGGCAAUGUCGAACUCGACUUUGCCCUCAACAAUCCGUCCCCCGGAGCCGACGGUCCUUCUCCAGCCGCGCAACCUUCGACUGAGGACAUAAAUCGCCCGUAUCAUAGUAAACGUCCGCACAAAAAGUCGAGAGCGGGCUGUAAACAAUGCAAACAGCGGAAAGUCAAGUGCGAUGAAGGCCGGCCACGUUGUCGUUCAUGCACUCUGCGCAAGGAGACAUGCGUCUAUCCCACUCCGGCGGCGACCUCGACGGCUUUGGUCCGAUCAGGCAAAUCACCCUCGUCCGCUGCAUCUUCAAGAUCGCCCAGAGAGCACAGCCCUCAGCAGAUGACCAGCAGUAGCAACAGCCCUCUCACCGUGGUCACCGAGCCCAUGUUCAUCCCCGCCGGCACCUCGGAUGCUGUGGAUAUGAAGAUGCUAUGGUUUUAUACCGCUGAGACGUGUCACUCCUUCAAUAUUGAGGGUGGCCGCCAGGGUGCCACUGAUACUGUGCUCAGAGUCACCAUUCCACAGCUGGCCUUUGAGUCACCGUUCCUCAUGCAGACUCUAAUGGGUCUUUCUGCACUCCACUUCCGGAUAUUGAAGCAACCUGUGCCUCCGGAGAAGGCAGCCAAAUAUCGUGCGAGGGCCUUUGAGGGUUAUCGUACCUCGAUCGAGCUGGCAAGACCGCAAGAUUAUCCUGCUUUGCUCGCUGGUUCACUGCUCAUCUGUGCGCUGGCCAGUGAAAUGUUCCGUGAGCCAGAAACGAAACCGCUCUACAUCAUAGAUUGGCUGGUCGUCUGGAGGGGCAUCGGACUCAUUGUCGACCUCAUUUCGCCAUCCACCAUUGCCGAAUCAGGCCUGGCAGCCUUGUUCUUUCGGCCGCCCAUAAAUCUCAACAAGUCUCAAAGAUGGAUACCCAAUAAUCUUCUCUACAUGGUCGAAGCCAUCCAGCCGGGAGACGACGACUAUGAACACAAACAGAUCUACUACGAGGUACUACGCUACCUUGGAUCACUUUAUCAAGAGCUUGAAACAGGCUUUAGUCCACUCAUGGACCUGAGAGUCAUUACCUUCUUCACGUUUCUGCCCAGGACUUUUAUUCCCUUGGCGCAGCAACAUCGACCACGUGCUCUAAUCAUCAUUGCGCACUAUUGUGCCUUUACCAAGCAAAAUUUGGGACCCUGGUGGAUGAAGGAUAUUGGAGACAGACAAAUCAGAGAAAUAUGCGAAGAGGUUGGAGAGGUAUGGGAACCUCUUCUGCGGGUACCUCUCAAGGUGACGACUUUGACAGACAGGGUGGAAGUUGCCAAAGCCAUCUUGCAAAACGACACUUGGACAGCGCCCGAUCGGGACCUCUACUCAUUCCCCACAAGAGAUCCACGAGUCAAGAGCUUGAGAUUAAUCAACAAUUUGGGCCAAGAGAUGAAGGUGGCAGACGGGGAGUGGGAAGCAAUGGGUCCGCCCUUGCUCCUCGACAAGAUGACCCUCGACGACAAGAGAACUGCGCCGUCGGACAAUGCAGUGGUUGGACAAAUUCUGGACAUGGCUGGCCAACCUAUUGAUACCCCUUCUCCAGCCUCCGCCACACCCUCGUCGUCAACCACGUCGGGGUCUUCGGCGACGGAAACGGCUCACAGUCCUGAUGUAUCAAUAUAUCAGGAUUCUCUUGGCAAAAGUGGCGUUUCAAGGAUAUGA